UAUCAGUUAUUUUUCGUAACUCGAGAUUUACAAAAUGAGGUUCUUAUCUGUCCUCAUAGUGAGCUUCGUCGUGCUCGCAAUGGCCGUUGCUGUUCCUCCAUUCGGUGGACUGGGUGAAGGUUUCGGAGGAGGUGGUGGAGGCGGUGGCGGCGGGGGCUUCGGGGGUGGCGGUGGCUUCGGUGGCGGUGGUGGUUUUGGUAGCGGUGGUGGCUUCGGUGGCGGUGGCGGCGGUGGUGGUUUCGGCGGCAAAGGCCACCACCACCACCAUCACCACGGUAAGCCAGUUGAAGGUGAAUUCGGUCGAGGCGGUGGCGGUGGUUUUGGUGGUGGUGAAGGUUUUGGUCCAGGCGUUGGUGGUGGUUUUGGCCCAGGUGGUGGUGGCAUUGGACCAGCCCUUGGCGGCGACCUCGGUGCAGGCGGUGGUGGUGGUUUUGGUGAAGGCGGUGCUGGUGGCUUUGGUGAAGGCGGUGCUGGUGGCUUUGGUGCAGGCGGUGGUGGUGGUUUCGGUCCAGGCGGUGGAGGUUUCGGUCCAGGUGGUGGUGGAUUCGGACGUGGUGGUGAAUUCAAGGAGUCGUCAUCAAAAGCGAAUGCCCAAUCGGAAAGUUUCAACUCAGGCGGUUUUGGAGGAUCUGAAUCAUCUGCAAGUGCUUCGUCUGCCUCUGAAACAUUCAACUUUUAAGUCUAGUAAUAAGUUCGUAUCAUUAUCUUAAGUAAACUAAAAAUAAACGAAUUUGCCGCA